UUUUUUUCCUCUAUCCUAGUUAUUUUGCUUUAGUUUUUGUUGUAUUGCUUACUCGAUCUUAAAACUAGAAUUGCUACUCUCUAUAUUUUAACAGCAGCAGAUAAAUAAAGUCACCAUGAGUGGAUCAAAGAUGGAAAUAGACAGAGAAAGGGAAGGAGAAGAUUUCCAACUUGGAAGCAAAUCCGUCGACGAUGUACUUUCCUGUUCUUCCUCCAUCCUAAACACGGAUAAUGAUGGUGUCGAAGGUAAUGAUGGUUACGAUGACGACGACGACUACGAAGAUGGCAUCAAUGUAACAUUAUUGUCAACUCCGCCACCGGCAAUAGUUCCCGUGAAAUCGGAUGGGCAGACCAAAUCCCAGUUUGCCGAUAAUAAGGGAACAAUUGGAAAGAAACUAAGUGGAGCAGGUCAAAAGCGCUUCAAAAAACUGAUUGAUAGUGGGUAUAGCCGAGAAGAAGCUCAUCAAAUGGCUCAAAUACCACUCAAUCAACUAGAUUUGUCAAAACGACAGAGAAAUUCAGACUUGAAUGGGUCAAAUACAAGCGGCAAUCCAACACCCGCCAAAAUAGCACGUAAUGACUGGGGUGCUCGUAGACCUCCAGGCAGCUCAGUGCAACAUCGUAUCGAUGAAGCACAAUCUAGACACUCAGGAUCUCAUAGAACUGAGGGUAUGAUUAACCACUCCUACAGAGAUGUAGUCAACUCUGUAAAAGUAGGAAUUCUUCCAAAAGAAUAUCCGAAUGUGGAGCUCACGAAAGAACAGAUGGCAGCUACAAGUAAGGCCAUAUUGGCGAAAGUUGCAGGACAGCGAAAAGAGGCCCUGAAACCAAAAUUCGGUUUGUGUGCGUUCAAACCUGGAUACCUAGUCAUUGUAUGCAAAAACCAGGAAACAGCAAACUGGCUUAAAACUACAAUCACUUCGAUAACACCCUGGCAAGGGGCAGAAUUACUGGCGGUUGAUGAAAGCGAAAUCCCGCAACCUGAAAUCUUGAUCGGCUUUUUCCCAUGGAGUGCAGAAGACAGUAAUGGAGAGAUUCUGGCGCUCUUGGAAAGCCAAAAUGAUGGGCUUACUGUUGAUUUGUGGAGAAUACUGCAGCGCAAUGUCGUAAGUCAAAGACACGUCGAGCUCGUUUUCACUGUCGACGGAGCUUCGCUGAGCUCUAUCAAAAAAAGUGAAUACAAUCUCGACUUCAAAUUUGGGAUUGCUUAUCUUAGGAAGAAAUUCCAAAAGAAGUACCAAAACGAUGGCAGUGAAAGACCAGGGAGUAGGGAUUGUAGAAAACACACUUUGCUAUUCGGUUUACUAAAUAACAAUGUCUUUAUUGUAGCCUUCUCCUGUCAGUCCUACUGGCACAGCCUCCUAUAACUGAUGAUGUUUCGCUAUACUACAUCUCUCCCUUUUUCCAAUAAAUAUAGAAUAUAAAAUCAAAGUUCAACAGACAACAGUAAUGUGAAUGAUGCGCUUAAGUAUUUGACACCUAACAUGCCUUAAGAUGUCCUCCUACUAUUUUAUAUUCCAUGCACUUAAUCGAGUAUACGUGUCUUGACUUCAAUACUGGUGAAUAUUGGACUACAUCACGGAAACUACUUUGGUCGUCCAUUGAUAAGCAGCGUCAUCCGUCGUCUAUGUCAUAUUCUCUUCCCUCUUUCCACAAAUGGAAAGUCUUACCUUACGCUUGCAGUUUCUGUGACCAAUGUUAACAUCUGGGUUACAAUACAAUUCCUAAAUAGAAUUUAAAAUAAAAUAGUUAUAAUUUAGUUUGUUUUUUUUUUCGUGCAUAUCUUCGACACUUAAGAGGAUGAAGUAAAAUUUCUAAGACUUUCUGUAUCUCGCGUUUUGGAUUGCCAAAUGCACUGAGAUGAAUCUCCUACAUUUGGUCUUUUUUUUAAUGUUUUAAAUUGAAACCUUGACUUUUCCUUGCACUUCCCUUUACCAUAGAUGGACUGAGGCUUCACCUCCUACAUCUCAUGGUAGACUGGAUUGGCAGAUGGUCUACAUUUUACAGGUUGAAACCUUGUUUUUUUUUCAUAUGACUUAGUAAUAAAAUUGUAACAUCAAAAACGCAAUUUUAAUUUUUCAUACGUGUUUCUCAAGAAACGGACUGGAUGAUUCGUUUUAUUCCUUCGAUUCUUUCUUUAAUCGGGCCGAAUUUCAACGAUCUCCCUACGCUCUUUUGACAGAAAUGGACCAGGAACAGAUUUCCUCUUCAUUUCAUACGGAGAUGUAGACCGGAAUCAGUGUCCCCUUUACUCUCUUCUAUUUACCCAGGAGCGGACCGGACGAUCUGUUUUAUUCCUUCACUCCAUUGGAAUGGACCGAAUUUCAACAAUCUCCCUUCGUUCCUGUUACAGAAACGGACUGAGAUUUUCAAACCUCCUUCGUUUCAUACGGAGAUGUAGACCGGAAUCAAUGUUCCCUUUACUCUCUACUGAUCGACCAGGAGCGGACUGGACAAUUUGUGUUAUUCCUACAUUUCAUUUCAGAAAUGGACUGAAUUUCCACAAUUUCCCUACGUUCCUUUAUCAGAAACGGACUAGGAUGAUCAUAUCCUCUUCGUUCCUUAUGGAGAAGUAGACCGGAAUCACUCAGAGUAUUCCCUUUACUCUCUGCUGACAAAACUAGAGUAGCUCAUAACAGUAAUGCUCCUUCAUUUCAUUUAGAAAUGGACCGAACUGUACACAUAGACUCAAACGGAUUACGAUUCUUUAAUCCUCUUUGCUCUUUGAAUCACUUUUAAUACUAUUCACUUAUAACCUUCAGCAAUCCAAUCCAUUCGAUUUAUUCAAGGAAUCGACAGAACAACAACCUCCGUAUAUAUUUUUUUUAAAUAUUUUUUUCCAAUCUUCUGAUGUAUUAGGAAGAAUUAUUAGCACCACCGUAUGUUGAUAGUUGAAUUGAAUGUCGAACAAAACAUUUGACCAAACUUUCAAACGUUAAUAUUUAUGUAAGUAUCAGACAAAAUUUUUGUACAGACACAUCUGGUAAAAACCAAUGACAAGUUACAGUUCCCCCUGGGAAAAAAAUACAGUAUCUCCUUGUCGAAACGUCGGGUGAGUAAUAUAACUCGUUUUUGAAGCCUAAGACUGCGUAGCCGUUAACCAAUAGAGUCAACCUUACAGCCGAUUUCCAACAGCAGCAAAUAUUCCCUUAAUAUAAGUUUUCUAUGCGAACACGUGUUUCAGUUUUUCUGUAUGUUUCUGUCAUUUUUUUUUCUUCAACAGCUUUGUUAAGUUAUAUCCACAUUUAUUGUUUUAGAAAAUCAAUCCCUCCCAAGUGACCCUUCAAUCCAAUUACCUUAGGUUUCAAAUAAUGGUCUAUCAAUCACCAUUCUGCAUUUUAAAUUGCACCAUUAUUAUGCUGUCUUCAUUAUUUUUAAGUACUAUGAAAUUCACCAUAACUGCACGAUUUAUUGAAGUCAAUCCAUUUUUUCCGUUGCCACAAAGUGUCAUUCAAAUUUCCAUUUUAUGGGAAGGUUUGAGUAAAAAGGCAUAUAAAAUUUGCAUUGUACAUUCCCACUUCUAGUGGAGAAUAAAAACAUAAUCGUAAAAAUAUAACUACUAAAAUAUGCAGCUAAUGCUUAACUAACAAACCAAUGUGUACUUAACCGUUAUGUGUCCGACAAACUUUCUGCUUUUUUUUACACCGUGCUUUUUAAAUGAGCGCUGGGUACCCGGGCACACUGUCGGCCACAUAAGGGUUAAUUCAAGUAUACAAGAACAAUUUAGCAUAGCACCGCUCAUAACAAUGUAUAGCCCUAAAGCAAACAUUCAACUAUGCUAUUUUUGUGAUAAGCCCAAAAUGUCCAAUUUACGUGCUCAAACAUAAGUCAUAAAUUGCUGGUUUUUCUAAUAUUUGAUUGAAGUCAUUUGUGUUGUAGGUGCAUUCAUUUUGUAUAAAUGAAAUCAAGGAAUCUGUACAUUCGUACUUAUUUUAAAUACAAUGAUUACACAUUGCGCCCUUGAUUGAUAACAAAUCACAUUUUAAAAAUAGACUGGUAUAAGUCUGUUAAGUUUAUAUUAAUUAGAACACCUUCACAAUUUGUAAAUUAAUUAGAAAGCAUCACCUUUUAGGUUCACUUUUUUUCCUUUCUAUUUUUUCAAUGUUUUUUUUUUUAUUUUUUUUUUAAUAGUAUGCCACACAAAUAUUUUUUUUAAUAGUACAUUGUAAUUUAAAUUUUAAUGUGAAGGAAGUUGGGAUAAACGUUUCAUAACUAAUAUGUACAGCUAUUAAAUGUUCCACAAUUUACGCAACACAACACAACGUAACAUCAUCGAGUUAUGUACGUGGGAAUUAAAUUGUCCGUUCCAUCAAAUGUUGUUCACUGUGAACAUAAUCAAGCUUUAGUUCGUGAUAUACCACUAAAAAUUGAUUUAGAUUGAGAUUUCUAGCAAGUAGGCUAUGAUGUCGGGAACCAUUAUUACUGAAACUGUCAAAAGGUAAAUAUUGAGAAAACUCACAAGUUACACUGAUAAUGCAACUUCAAUGCAUAAAGCUCAGCGCUAACGAGACCUGAAUCUCGUUAUUAGUGCUUAUUUUCAUAUCAUUCAGUAGAUUUGUUUUUCGGAGCUCAGUGUAAUUACCACGAAAAUCAACAAUUUCACCGCCAAGUCCAUAAGCAUCUCUGUACAUAUCCUACUGCAAUCAAUAAAACACAUCAUCGCACAUCAACAUAUCUUACCUUAUCAUCUACUACAACCAAGGCAAUACACUACGCUUGCAAACCCACAGUAGUAAAUCCUACCCUUGAUCCUACCUGAAUCCAAACGUGCUGCUUAUAGGGUUCAACUCUUGACACCAUCUCGCUCUCAUGUCAAACCUUUUUUUUAAGCAUCCGCGUUGCUCUUUUCACAAGCUUGGAAGGCCCUUCAUGCGGCUUCACUCCAGCUCCUCAUCGACUUCUACUUUCUGUUCCACCCGAGUUCCGAUAAAGACAUCCGAUUGAUGCUGCUUGUCUGAUGUCUGGUACGUUCCAGUAGGUUCCGGUAAUCCUUCUUCCAUCCACGAUCGGACUUCCUCCUGCGCGUGUUUCGAUUAAUCUCGUCGCCAAUGUAGAAAACACACUUUGCUAUUCGGUUUACUAAAUAACAAUGUCUUUAUUGUAGCCUUCUCCUGUCAGUCCUACUGGCACAGCCUCCUAUAACUGAUGAUGUUUCGCUAUACUACAGGGAUGACAAUGAUUCUCGACAGACCCACGUAGGCACUGGCGAUAACAAGAUGGUCGUAGACCAGAUUGAGGAAAUCCCAGGACCAAGUGGAGUCGGGGAAGCAAAAACAAACCGUAAAGCUACUGGUCACACUGCAAAUACUGUCGGCGCUAAAAAAAGUGAAAAGAAACCGACAAACAAAGGAUUUAACCCAGAAUACCGAGAACUGAAGAUUCCAGAUGGGAAAAAUCUAAAUAAGGGGUGUCGCACAACCAAGCAAGGGGAUGAAGUAAAUCCCCGCUCAAGCGGCGAACAACGACAUCUUCAACAGCAAAAAAAUUAAGUUCAUUCAAGUGAAUCUUCACCAUGCGAAGGGAGCAACUGCUGUACUUUGCAGAAGAUUUACGAAGAGCAAACUGGAUAUCGCAUUAAUCCAGGAGCCAUGGACAACUAACAGUAGGAUAGCAGGAAUUCCUACAUCUUAAUUUAUAAAAAGAGACAUCGUCGCAGUAAUGGUGGAGGUGCCAACAACCAAUGGCAAAACGGAAAUCUACGUUGCAUCAGCAUACUUUCCGGGAGACAUAGGAGAAGUUCCUCCACCGGAAGUGGUAGAGUUUGUUGCAUACUGCAACAAACAAAAUAAAGCGUUUAUAAUUGGCUGCGAUGCAAAUGCCCAUCACACGGUAUGGGCAAGCACGGGCAUCAAUAGCAGAGGUGAGUACCUUUUAGAUUAUAUCUAUAACAAUGAAAUAGACAUAUGUAAUAGGGGAGAAGCACCAACAUUUAUAAAUGCAAUAAGGCAGGAAGUACUUGAUUUAACAUUGUGUAGUCCGAAAAUCUCGGAAAAAUAAAAAAAUGGCAUGUAUCUGAUGAAGCAUCAUUAUCGGAUCAUAUGCAAAUCUUAUUCGAGUAUGAGGCUGGUCAACAACUCACACAAACUAUAAGAGAUCCCAGAAAAACAAACUGGGAGCUUUACAAUUCAGAGCUGAGAGCUGGAGUAAACACAUUACAAACAUCCUCAAAAUCAUGCACAGAACUUGAAGAAAGUUCAAAACAAAUAUCAAAUUUGAUUUUGAAUGCAUUUAAUAAAAGUUGCACUGCUAAAGAACGCUCAACAAACAGAGAUGUUCCAUGGUGGAAUAACCGAUUAGCCAAACUUCGAAAGAAAACCCGGAAAAUGUUUAACUGGGCUAAACGAACUCAACAGUGGGGCCCAUAUAAGGAAUCCCUUACAAAUUAUAAUAAAGAAAUAAGAAGAUCAAAAAGGAUUAACUGGAGGCAUACAUGUGAAAGCAUUGAAACUACUCCAGAAACCGCCAGGGUGCAAAAAAUCCUUGCAAAGGAUCAUUCUAACGGGUUGGGAACACUGAAAAAAGAAAAUGGGACUUUUACAAAUUCUGCAAAUGAAACGUUAGAGUUGAUGAUGAAAACACAUUUUCCCUGUUCAGUAAUCAAUUCAACUGAAGACCAAAGUUCAGCUGUAACAGAAACUGGCGUUAUUGAAACCAGGACGUAUGAUCAUGAAAUAAUGAGCGGAACGACUGGAUCAAAUAGAGACAGGAUCGAUAGUUGCACUUUGGCCAAACAAAUAUUUACUGAAAAGAAAGUUGAAUGGGCGAUUGACUCCUUUGCACCCUUCAAAUCACCUGGUAGGGAUGGAAUUCUUCCUGUACUACUGCAGAAGGGAAAGGCGAUUUUAACACCUAUUUUAACUAAACUUUUCCAAGCCAGCUUAUCUUUAAGUUACAUUCCAGUAGGGUGGCGACAAGUACGGGUGAUUUUUAUCCCCAAGGCCAAUAAAAAGGAUAAAACACUGCCAAAAUCCUUUAGGCCAAUAAGCUUAUCGUCUGUACUACUAAAAACUAUGGAAAAAAUAAUUGAUGAGCACAUAAAAUCAUCAUAUCUUAUUGAAAAUCCUCUCAGCAAACACCAGUUUGCCUACCAAGAGGGUAAAUCAUCAGUAACAGCAUUACAUAAGCUUGUUACAAAACUUGAAAAAUCUCUUAAUGCCAAAGAAAUUGCUCUUUCUGCUUUUCUUGACAUUGAGGGAGCUUUUGAUAAUUCAUCUCAUAAUUCAAUAGCAACGGCCAUGAUGAAACGAGGUUUCAAUAAAUGUGUUGUUGAUUGGAUUAAUGAAAUGUUAGCCAAAAGGGAGAUAUCAGCAAACCUUGGAAGCUCCUCUAUAUCUGUUAGAGCAGUGAAAGGGUGCCCACAAGGAGGCGUCUUAUCACCUCUUCUGUGGUCUUUGAUAGUUGAUGAUCUUCUGAAAAACUUAGAAUCACAGGGAUUUGAAAUAAUUGGUUUCGCAGACGAUAUAGUCAUAAUAGUUCGUGGGAAAUAUGACCAAAUCAUCGCAAACAGAAUGCAAACUGCUCUAAAUUGUAUCUCAUCGUGGUGUGAUAGGGAAGGAUUGAAUGUAAAUCCUUCAAAAACUACUAUUGUACCAUUUACAAAGAGGAGAAAAUUUUCUAUAAAUAAUUUAUACCUGAAAGGCAUAUCUAUAGAUCUUUCAAAUACAGUCAAGUAUCUCGGAGUAGUCCUUGACAGCAAACUGAAUUGGAAUUCACACCUAGAGCAGAUAAUCACAA